AUGGAUUCACAUAAUGGGGGGAAUGCUGAAAUAAUGCCUAUAUGGUUAUUUCCUUCUGGGAGGUCUGCUUCCAUGAAUUCUUUUCGAGUUGUAAAUGUAAAUUCCUUGGAAAAUAAUCUUCCACCACUUGCCAUUUUCAGGGGUGAGAUGAAAAGGUGUCGUGGGAGUUUGCAUAUUGCCCUUGAUAACUGUUUGGUACCAUCUGACAGCACAAGUACCAAUAAUGUAUGGAGGAAAUUACUGAGGUUAAAGAAUGUCUGUUAUGAUGUUAGUUUUCCUCGUAUGGAUGAUUAUCCCCACCAAACAAUGUUGGCAAGCUGGGAUCCUGUUUAUCUAUCCACAACUAAAGAAGAUGCUGCAUCAAAAAAUUCAAUAGCUUUCUGGAAGGGAAGUCAAAUAACAGAUGAGGGUUUGAAGUGGUUAAUAGAAAGAGGAUUUAAAACUAUCGUAAAUCUUAGAGCAGUGAUUGUCAAGGAUGACUUCUAUCAAGAGGCUAUUGAUGAUGAUGCCGUCUUGCAGGGAAAGGUUGAAGUGGGAAAAUUGCCGGUUGAAGUCAGAACUGCACCUUCAAUUGAUCAGGUUGAAAAAUAUGCAUCUUCAGUAUCAGAUUCCAAUAAUAGGCCACUUUUUCUUCAUACCCAGGAAGGUGUUUGGAGGUCUUCUGCAUUAAUGGUCUCAAGAUGGAGGCAAUACAAUAUAGUUCGCUCUUAUAUUCAAUCUGUCUCAAAUAACCCAACCGCUCCCACUGAAAUUUUUUCCAAAGAUACAGAAAGAAAAGGGGGUCCACAGACAUCAUCCAAACUAAAAUCAGGCAUGCAUUUGGAAGAUGCUAAUGUUUCACAUUUUAAGGGUUUGAAUGCCACCAACCGUGCUACUGAGAUAUCUGGGGAAGAAGUUUCUUUAUCCCCGGAGAACAAAGAUCAUACUGGAAAUGGAACCCUUAGAAACCUUAUUUCUUCUCAUUAUAGUACAUCAAUACAAGGGAUUAGUGUCACUGGAGAAGGGGUAAGGUCUCCCGAAGGCUUCUGGAGGGAAAUUGAUCCGCAAAAUUCUCAGUUCCCAAUCUGUGAUGUUUUCUCCAGAAGAGAGAUGUCUAGGUUUUUCAAAAGUAGGAAGAUCUGGCCUCCCACUUUUUUAGAUUAUAAAUGGAAAAUAUUGAGGGUAUCAAAAUUCUCUGUAGGGACAAUUACAAAGACAGAUCAUAACAAUGAAAUCAUUGGAACUCCUCAUAUAUCAGAGCUGGAGAGGGAAAGAAUUUCAAAUGGGCCAUUUCAUGGUAAAAGUUCAUUUUCAGAACCCCAAAACUCUUCUAAUGGAGAUAGAUCCAUUUCUAUUUCUGCAAGUGUUAAUGGGUUUUCCAAAGUAGGAAAUCUUGUUGGGAUUGAAAAAUAUACUUCUACCAGUGUGAGUUAUAACUUGAAAAGGAGUAUUACAUCUACAGCUAUUAAAGAGAAUCCGGAUAAUGUGGAAAGAAAUAUUACAUCUAGAAGUGUUAAGCAGGACCAAAUGGGUCAUGGUAAAGCCUCCUCGGGUUCAUUUAAUGAUGUCUUGGAGAUUGUUGAUGGGAAUAUGUGGGCUUCUACAACUGGUGUUGUAAGAGUGCAAUCAAGAAAGAAAGCAGAGAUGUUCUUAGUCCGCACAGAUGGAUUUACUUGUACUAGGGAAAAAGUAACAGAAUCCUCCCUCGCCUUCACUCAUCCCAGCACAAAGCAGCAGAUGCUUAUGUGGAAAUCAACACCAAAAAGUGUACUAUUGUUGAAGAAAUUGGGGCGUGAGCUCAUAGAAGAAACUAAAAAGGUGGCAGCUUUUUUGUAUUACGAAGAGAAAAUGACUGUUUUUGUGGAACCUGAUGUGCGUGACAUAUUUGUAAGAAUCCCUGGAUUCGGAUUUGUUCAAACCUUUCAUAGUCAAGACACUAGUGAUCUGCAUGAGAAAGUUGACUUUGUGACUUGUUUGGGAGGAGAUGGGGUUAUACUCCAUGCAUCAUAUUUAUUCAGAGGAUCUGUUCCUCCUAUUCUAUCUUUUAAUCUUGGAUCUCUCGGAUUUCUCACUUCUCAUAAUUUUGAAGACUAUAUGGAGGACUUAAGGCAAGUUAUACAUGGGAACAACACAUUGGAUGGCAUAUAUUUAACACUUAGAAUGCGCCUCCACUGCGAAAUUUUCCGCAAUGGUAAAGCAGUGCCUGGGAAAGUUUUUGAUGUCCUGAAUGAAGUUGUUGUUGAUCGUGGUUCUAGUCCCUACCUUUCUAAGAUUGAGUGCUAUGAGCAUGACCGCUUUAUAACAAAAGUGCAAGGUGAUGGAGUCAUUGUAGCCACACCUACAGGGAGUACAGCUUACUCCACAUCUGCAGGAGGUUCCAUGGUUCACCCAAAUGUUCCAUGCAUGUUAUUCACUCCAAUAUGCCCACACUCCCUCUCAUUUAGGCCUGUCAUACUUCCAGAUUCUGCGCGGAUUGAAUUAAAGAUCCCAGAGGAUGCACGAAGUAAUAAUGCAUGGAUUUCAUUUGAUGGUAAGAGAAGGCAGCGGCUCCUAAGAGGAGACUCUGUCCAAAUCUAUAUGAGCAAGAACCCUCUACCUACAGUCAACAAAUCUGAUCAAACAGGUGAUUGGUUCUGCAGCUUGAUCCGCUGUUUGAAUUGGAAUGAGAGGAAGGAUCAAAAGGCCCUUUAGAGGUUUUAUGACUUGAACGAAAAAGCUUAUUCUAUCCUGCCCAAGGUCUUAAAUUCCAUAACAGCCGAUAAAUACAGAUUAUAAUAUUAAUAUAAUAUAAUAUAAUAUAAUAACUUCAUUCUCUCUCUAAUAACUUUAAUCAUUACUCCUCUCUAAUAUUCAAAUUCAAACCUAAAUUUAAACAUGCCAUUAAAUAUGCCUUAAAGCCUUAAAGUAGCUAUAAAAACUACAAGUAGGAGGAUUUAAACCCUAGUCAUUAAUUUGUAGUGGCCAGAAGUCCACUACUAAGCCAUAUUAUAGUUGCUUGUUAUAAGCAUAUGCAUUUUGAUUCUUAAGUAAAUAUUCUAUUCUUAGGGGAUUUUUGGCAAUAAAUGCUAAAGUUGAUUUUUU